AAGAGUUGCCGCAUCCACCCGAGUCCUCAGAGAACUGCAGACAUCUGGACGAACCCUCAACCGGCUCCACGAGGAAACGUCACCCCCCGUCGCCCCGCUCACAAUAAACAGAUUUUGUACCAGCGGAAUUAUUUAGAUUACGCACAGAAAUCACAGAGGUUUUUCUGGUAUAUAUUCUAGCCAGGUUCCCCAGACUAGGAAGGGGAGAGUAGCUGAUUAGGAGGAAGCCAGAAGGAGACCAGGAGGAGACCGAGAGGUGACCAGGAGGAGACCAAGCGCAGUUAGGGACUCCUACUUUUCCCGCGGACCUCCAGCCCCCUUCCCCUGAGCGGGGAGUCGAGCGCAGCACAGAGACACGACACAACCGUUUCCCGGAGAUCUUUGGACUUUUUUCGCUUUCAAAGUCCACAAUUCCCACCGUCCAUCCGCCUCCUCCUGGGAGAUGAGCCAAAUCAACCGACAUUUAGUUUGUAGCAAAAUAUGGCCGGGAAAAGUUAGGGGGGAGAGCGACGUGAGGAGCCGUCCCAGGACGAUCGACACUGAGGCGAGACGAGUGCAUCUGGUCAAAAACAGCUCGACCGGAAACCGAGCCGAGGUGGUGCAGGACUAUGCCCCGGGACCCGGCCGGGACCCUGCCCCCGGACCCGGGGUCCUUGGACCCGACCGCUGCCGCCUGCAGCACCGCGGGGGAGCCAUUGAGAAGGCGGCGUGCCAGCAGGCGGCCGGCCGGAUCAACUGCUCCAACCCCGCCUGCGCUUCCAUCUCCGACACGGCACGGGAGCUGUGCAAGGCGGUGUCCGUGUCCCUGGGGCUGGCCGGGGACUCCCACGACAUGAGUGACCCGGACCCGGGUCUGGGUCCGUUUUCUCCGGGGAACGAGCAGCAGCAGCACCGCGGAGACUACGUGCUGGGGGUCUCACAGACAGCCCAGCGCCCCAGAUGCGCCAACAGCGACCCGCACAGCGACCAGCAACUGGUGGAAAUGUUUAAAAGUCCCGAGGACGAGUCGAGCCUGCACCACCUGCUCUCCGCCCGGUGUCUGGACGGACCGCAGGAGGACUUCGACGUCGUUUCCUCCAAAGAGAUGGACCCUAUGGACACGGCCCAGCAGGGGACCUGCUACCCCUACGGCCCGCCGCACCCGGCCGCCAACUUCACCCACUACCCCAACAACGGGCCGCUCGGCGGCGAGAGACAGCCGACCGCCUACCUGCCCCCGGGAGCGGGGAGCGAGGUCGGAGGGGAAGCCCUGGAGGAGAAGUACGUCGACUACCUCCAGGAGCAGUACAGCGUGAAGAUCAAGUCCGAGGCGGUCCACAGCGAGCCCCACAGCGGGGCGUUAUGGGGAACUAGUUACAGCUACGACGGGACCGGCAGCGGCCCGUACCCGGGUCCAAGGCAGUGCGUCAAUACGCACAGCCUGGGCGGCAGCGGCGCGCUGGGGGGAGAUCCGUACGAGAGGGGGGUGCUGCGCCGGGAGCGGCCGGGGCCGGAGCAGUGGUACCCUGGGGGGACGCUGGCCCGGCCGCCCUACCCCAACCCCGGCUACAUCAAGAACGAGGUGGGGGGCUGGCUGGACGCGACCUACAACGAACCCCGGUUCGACGGCGGCCGGGAGCACAUGUUCCCCAUGGAGUUCUUCUUCCCGCCCCAGCGGACGUGUCUGAUCUGCGCCGACGAGGCCUCCGGGUGCCACUACGGGGCGCUCACCUGCGGCAGCUGCAAGGUCUUCUUCAAACGAGCCGCCGAAGGCAAACAGAAAUACCUUUGCGCCAGCCGGAACGACUGCACCAUCGACAAGCUGAGGAGGAAGAACUGCCCGUCCUGCCGAUUGAAGAAGUGCUUCGAGGCGGGGAUGACAUUGGGAGCGAGGAAACUGAAGAAAAUCGGGCAGCUGAAGAACCCGGAGGAGGAGGUGGGAGGAGGAGGAGGAGGAGGAGGAGGUCCGCAGGGCUCCCAGGAGCUGAUCCACUGCAGCAUGUCCCCCAAGCCCUACCUCAACCUGCACUCCCAGCUGAGCUUCCUCAACAUCCUGGAGACCAUCGAGCCCGACGUGGUCAACGCCGGCCACGACCACGGCCAGCCCGACUCGGCCGCCACGCUACUCACCAGCCUCAACGAGCUGGGCGAGCGCCAGCUGGUCAAGGUGGUCAAGUGGGCCAAGGGUCUGCCAGGCUUCAGGAACAUGCACGUUGACGACCAGAUGACCGUCAUCCAGCACUCCUGGAUGGGGGUGAUGGUAUUCGCGCUGGGCUGGAGGUCCUACAAGAACGUCAACGGCAGGAUGCUGUACUUCGCCCCGGACCUGGUCUUCAACGAGAACCGGAUGCAAGUGUCCACCAUGUAUGAGCACUGUAUCCGGAUGAAGCACCUGUCCCAGGAGUUUGUCCUGCUGCAGGUCACCCAGGAGGAGUUCCUCUGCAUGAAGGCUCUGCUGCUGCUCAGCAUCGUCCCCGUGGAGGGGCUGAAGAGUCAGAAGUACUUUGACGAGCUGCGCCUCACCUACAUCAACGAGCUGGACCGCGUCAUCAACUACGGCCGGAAGUUCAACUGCUCCCAGAGGUUCUACCAGCUGACCCGUCUCAUGGAUUCCCUUCAGGCGGUGGUGAGGAAGCUCCAUCAGUUCACCUUCGACCUCUACGUUCAGGCCCAAUCGCUGCCCACCAAGGUCAACUUCCCCGAGAUGAUUGCGGAGAUCAUCUCGGUGCACAUACCAAAGCUGCUGGCGGGCCUGGCCAAGCCCAUCCUGUUCCACAAGUAGAACCCGCUGGAGGACUGGAGGACCCCCGGAGAGCUCGGGUCCAGAGUUCUGUCCCGGAGUCGCAUCGCGACCGGGUCCCGUUCCGCCACGUCCCGCCUAGCCUCGGUUCUCCACCAGGGAUGUGGCUCAGAGCUCAGGAGAGUCUUCUUCUUCUGCCUCGAUGAAGGAGUGUUUUAAUAACUGGAUCAUCUGUGGUUCCAACACAAGCUGACGGCCGUUGAACAAAAAAAGGGAAUCUGUCUCCUUGAGACAGAUCCUUGAGACGGAAAACGAGUGCAGGCCCAGAAAUGAGCUCUUUAGUAACCACGUGUAUUUAGACAGGCCAGUUUCACGGCCAAAAAACAACAAAACACUUAAUCUCUAAUGGAGGUCCUGAGAAAUUGCGGUCGCUGCGUUUACAGACGGAACGAGGUGCCAAAUAUCAGAUUUGUCGUUGCGUACGUUCAACCGGCUCCGCAACGGUGCUGCCGGUAAAAGGUUUCAAACAGGGAACUAGUAAAUGGUAUCCACCUACGUUUUCUGAUUACCAUACCUCAGCUAAUUAUAUCCAUCGGGCUGUCCUGCUCCCUGCUAGAGGUGUGUUGUUUAGAAAUAUAUUCUGCCUUUUUCACGGGCUGAAUAUAUCACGGGUGUGCCUGAGUAAAACAAUCCUGAGCUAGUUUGGGGUAGAUCCACAUUUAAAUACUUACAAUACAAAAACAGUAGACCAACAGUUUUACCGGCAGGUAUUGAAAAACAUCGCCAUACGUCCUAUAACCUAUCGUUUGAUCCAAGCUCACAGACCAGUCUUUCUUAACAGGCUCUUGUUUUCACUCUGCAGCAAAAUACUGGAGACUUAACUAUAAACUGCAUGCUUAGUCACUCUCUGAACUCCCGGAUCAUCUAAGUGUUUUAUCUGUAAGCAGCUCUUUCUGUAUUAUAACCAGUCAUACAACUAGUAACACAACAUACAAGAAGGGACGUUUAGAAAAAAGAGCCACCAGAUGUCUUGGGUGGUGCACUGUUCCCUGUGUCAGUAUAAAGCUUUAAACUUCAACGAACAGUACACAUUCAGCCUUCGGAAAAUGUUUUUGUCAAAAAUCUUAAUGCACAAUCUAUUCCCAUAAGAUGUAUUGGUUGGGCCACUGAGAAAUUCAAACCUUCUAUUGCCACUCUAUUUUUGAUCAGCGGUUUCGGACACAUGCUGUCAUUGGUGGAGAUGCCUUCCAACAUAUCUUGGCUAACUGGUGAGAAACCAAUACCGAGUGGUUGGGUGGACCUAUUAAAGUAGUAAUCGCAUUAGACACACAGACAACGAAGCCAUCUUGAUCCCCGGUUUGAGUGGUGGAAUUAUGAAUAAUACACAUCCCCUUGUGUGUAUUAUGAAUACUCUUUUAAAACCAACAUUUCCUACAGUUUCAAGACUUUAGAGGCAUGCCUUAGCUACUCGCUGAAACCGUCUGAAUGUCUAUUUAAGCCAACGCAUUGUAAAUCCUGACGAUCUUCGAAUCGUCCGCCUGUUGUGAACACGAUCAUUCUUGUGCGAUAACCGUCCGUUUUAAGCCGUCUAUUGAAGCGCAUGGUGUUUUCGUAGCGUUCAUCUGUCUCAGUAGCUACUAUUGCUUAUAAAAUGUCAUCCCUCUUGGGUGUUUUUUUGUAAAUGGUUCAACGAUCAAAUCCAAGACGGAACGGUAUCGUAGAUCAACUGCACUAUAUUUUUCAAGCUGUCUUUUUCCUCUUAAAAUGUUUUUAUAUUGGUAUUUAAAGUGGGGAGGCGAAAGGGUGAGUACAGAUGUAUCCUCACUCCCUCUCAAACCAUGCAGCACGGCUGCUUGGCUGGCGACGGACUUUGGCCGGCUCUGGUCCUAGGCCGGCGGCAGCCAGCACAACAUGGAUGCUUGGUACUUAGACAAGCUGCAAAAUAUAGUUUCGAUUUGCACUGAAAAAAUGCAAAAGAAAAUGCAUACGAUGUCUAUAAGGUCAGGUGAACUUUUUUUUAGGUGACAUGUUGCUGGCGCAUUCAUUUAAGACAAAGAAAUGCGCAGAUAUAGAUCUGACUUAAUUGUACAGCUAUUGGUGUGGAACCUCAGCACACAGAAAAAGAAACAAACCUAAAUUGAAGCAGACUUUUGCAGGAGGCUGCAUUUACUUACGCUUACCCUUUAUUUAACCACCCCUCUAAUCCCCAAAACAAGUUAGACCCAUGAAUGAAUUAUACAUGAGGAAGGAUGGACUCACCACACUGUCCGCUGAAGACGUAUCGGGUCAUUUCAGGAGGAACGCUGGGUAGCGGUGCCCCUAACAACGUAGCGGGGGUCCCUAACAACGUAGCGGGGCUCCGUAGCAACGACGCCUUUUAACUUCGGUCCGCAAAUCCCACAAAGUGACGCAGAAAUGUCAGUAAACGGCCCGUUCCGCGCAGUCCAAAUUUCCUGCAGUAGCUUUCCCAUCCUGCAGUACUAUUGCCAAAAGAUGUCCUCAAAACACGGAGAAAAACUGUUGUCGCGCUCAAUCGGGAGCUUUAGAAAGCAAUCAAUGUCACAGCUGUCAAUAGGAGGGAGGGCGGGUUUACACAGCGGGCUCACGGUACCACCUAGUGGUGCAACGUGGAAUAGUGCAGCUUUACCUUCUGACCUAAAACACGGUUGACCGGGUCAGAUGUGGAGGGGUUGGGGAAAACAGCAUGUAUGAGACUUGUUUGAACACAUGCUGAUGACACAGCAUGCACCUUAGCUCACUGAGCCAACUUGAAAUACUGUUAUUUCAAUGUUAUUUGUAUGUAAUCUGAAAUACUGUUUCUGCUGCAGUUUUACGACACAAUGUCAAUUGGUAUGUGCAGAAUGUACGAUCUAUGAACCUGGUUCUUUGUACAUGAUGCUUCUAUGUAUAUAUUGAUUGAUGAUCUGUCCGUUUGGUGUUUUGACUUUAAAAGUACUUUCUUGAAUGAUUUUUACCUUUUGUGAAUUGUGUUUUACAAUAAUUAUAGAGCUGCACCACCUUUUUAAAGACAAUUAAAGCAAUUCUGACUGAUUAUGGAUUUUCUUCUCUAUAUUUCUUUCCUGGUUUGAAUUUCAGUAGCAUAUUAACAUUAAGCUAUACCAGAAAUAAACGUUGUCCUUCAUACUAAAUGAACUACUGUACACUAGUUUAAUAAAUAACCCAGCGGGCUUCAUCUGCCUGUUGAUCAACAAUGAACCACUUCUAAAUUGAAACAAAGGCAACCAAAUAGUGUCAAUAAAUUGUAUUUUAUUGUCCCUUUUGAAUAUAAAAACAAAUCAUUGAAAGUGAGUCCUGAAAAGCCAAACAAAUCAAAAGAAAACAUGUAAUGCAACAACAACAAUUAAACACUGCGGGAGAUGUAUCGUUUACUUUAACGAUGCUUUUCCUCCCAUAUUUAGCUUACUGACUGUGGCUCCAUUAUUAUGUAACUGUACAACCCAAAGCUAGUCUGGCAAAGCACACCACGCACCACAAAAUAGAGUGAACAGCUUUUUGUUAAAGUAACUGGGAUUCGUUUUGUACACCUACCAAAAUAUGCUUUUAUUUUGGUCAACCAUAAAGGUAACUGCAGUUCCCAGACACUGUUAAUUGCUUUAUGAUUUACAGACACAAUGAAUCAAAACCUAGUUCCAAAACUUACAAAGAAAGAGAAAAAGCGGUUGGGAACCAGUUUCACUUAAUGCUCGAAGUUCUGAAGCAAGUCUGAAUAGAUGAGAACUCUUUGUAUCCUUGGAUUAAGUACCAGACUACAGAUUUUUCUGCUGGUCCGACUUUUAAAUCUAAACAAUAGGCCAACCAAUCCUUCAUUACAAUCUGCCCAUUGUCCAACAUAUGAAUCACCAGGUAGACUAUUAAACCUAUUAUAAAGUUAAAAAAUAAACACAAAGUAUUUAUUCAACGGUGCUUUCACAUACAGAAACAAAAAACGUACCACAGAUUUGUCACUUUAGACGAUUCAAAUUAGCAUUAAUUGCAAUUGUAUUAAUUGCAUUCCAACAAAUGCAGUAUGAGGGAGGGUGUGUACCUGUUGGUUUAAGCCGAGGAAAAAUAAAUUGGCACAAACCACAUGAACAGGGAAACAAGCAAGACUCAAACAGGAGUCAAAACCCAAUGGGGCGAUUAAGAACUUUUAAUGGCAUGGAAAAAUGUUGGGGGGUAUCAUGCUGGGGUUGAACCAAGGAGUAACGAGGGAUGUUUCAUCUGUACCUCAGUUUAACUUUGUAAGCGCUAGAACAAGCACCAGGAAGACGAGCCUUUGAAGCAGCGUUAGUGUGACACAGAAAACCUUUUGGAGAGCAAAGUAAUGC